AAAAUCAUUAAUCGAAUGAAGGAAUACCUAAUCAAACAGAAAAAGGUCCCACCGAUAGGAGCUCAAUGCCCUGGAGCUAGCACCUCAAAUAAUGCGAAAAAUCCCGCGUCAGUCGCCCCAACUCCCACUUCGCCUAAGUAUCGCCAAUCUUCUGGCUCCCCACAGUUGGCAUCAGUCUCCCAGAAAACAUGGCGUGACACGAUGGCUGUCUCGAAUUACGAAAGAGCACAAAGUCUUUCCCGGGGAAAUAAUUCUAGUGCAACCACAACGUUAGUGCGAAAAUCUCGUUCAGUAGCCAAUCUAAUAUUCUACUGUGCAUACACGGACAAAUGUAAGAUGAAUUACGACAUAACAUGGAUUAUUCCAAAACUCAGGCGGCCCACGAUACUAUGGCACUUUGCUAGUUCCUUGACAUUCGUCGCUGUGGGAAUAUUCUCCAAGAUAAUAAUCCAAUGGCUGAAUAAAACGACUGUCUUCAACAAACACUUAAUUGAGAAGGCCUUGGACGAGAGACCAAAGAAUGUCCCACUCAUUACAGUAUCCAAUCAUCACAGUUGCUUCGAUGAUCCAGGAAUAUGGGCGACCCUCGACCUGCGACAUUUACUCAGCAGGAGGAGAAUACGCUGGUCAUUAGCCGCACACGAUAUCUGCUUCACCAAUGUAUGGCAUUCCUAUUUCUUCAUGCUGGGAAAGUGCAUACCUACGAUUAGGGGAGAUGGCGUUUAUCAGGAGGCCAUUAAUUUCUGCCUGGAGAAGCUAGGGUGUGGGGAUUGGGUACAUGUAUUUCCCGAGGGAAAAGUCAAUAUGUUCAAGGAGAAUAUAAGGUUAAAAUGGGGAAUAGGGAGAUUGAUAAUGGAAUCACCGGUAAUGCCAUUAGUUGUACCAAUUUAUCACAUUGGAAUGGAUGAAAUUCUACCUAACGAACCACCGUAUAUGAUAAGGGUUGGAAAACGAGUGACUUUGUAUUAUGGAGAGCCCAUAGAUUUUAGUGAUAUGUUGAAGGAGUUGAGGGCAGCAAAGGCUAGUGAGAUAGAAACUAGAAAGGCCAUAACUGACCGAAUCGAUGCGGAACUUCUAAGGUUAAAAGCAGUCACAGAAGAUCUCCACGUUCGAUCUUGACGUCCAAGUGACGGUCCACACCGUCACUCAAGCUAGAAUUAAAUUUGAACAAUUUCAGUUGAACGUCCACGACACAAAUCAUGGAAAGACCAUUAAACAUCGAAGACUCAAGAAUGAUCAAUGAUCAAUGAUCAAUGAUGUUUCACUCAUAUUUAAACGUCAUUAUCUUCAUAUACCUCCAUGACCACAAGAAUCACCAUGGAUUGGGAGAGAAAUGCGGAAAUAAAAGAGAAUAACAAAAGAGAAGAAAAUAUGCUAUUAGCGUAAAAUGGUCAAGAGCCAUCGAGGCAGAUGAUUGGUUAUCUGGAUUAAGUUUAAAGUGCUUUAGAUCGACAGUUUUUGUAGAUGUCAUAGUCUCUGAGAAGCCUAAUCGUCUCGGAGCUGUAAAUAAAGUUGAUUCUAUACAUUA